AUGUCGCGUCCCCAAUAUAACGGUCAGCCUCUCUGUCUCGUGGACACCACCGACUUUAGCGGUGAAUGGGCUGUCCCUGCUGACCCGGCCAUGCGGCGCUUGCCUGAGGAAGACGACGACGUCUGGGCUUUUAUAUCCCUGAGCCUAUCUACAGGGAAUUUGUUCGUCCAGAGCUUUCCAUUCGUCAUCACCAAUCACACGGGUCAACCUCUCUCUAUACGCGUUCAGGGAGUCGCAGCCGACUGGUCUCUUGAUCUUACUGGAGACUUAAAUUGCGCCCCCGUGUCACAGCGAAGGCGGUGGAACCCAGUCUUGUUUCUUCGCCUCACCUCGGGUUAUGACGGUUGGGACGACACAUUUCGGUGCCAGAUGGAUGCUCUGGCGACUGUCAUACGCGCUGUCUUUCGACACCUCGGCCUCCCUCCCCCCUCUGCGCUGAAUUCGUUGCCCCAAACUCUUACAAUCCGCAGAAGGGUGUACCAACCCAAUGGCGAGCUGUUCGAGCGGCCUUCAUUCCAAUUUCUAGGUCCUGAUCAGGUGGUGAGGCCUUGGAGACGUACGAGUCUUAUGAUGGGCGAUGUUCUGGAUGUAGCGAUAUAUCCGGAAGUCGUGCUUUUGCAAGGGGAGGACGGUUUACCGAGAACCUCUGUCUUUUUCUCAUUCACGAACGUGGUGCGGGUCAAGCGUCGUAUCGAUCUUGUCAGGGAAGGUAUGGGCCAAUAUCGCCCUCCGUUCAUCAGACGCCGCAAUGAUUACAGAAGCGACGGGAAUAUGGGACACACGGUUCACACCUCAGUAGACAACGGUGGUCCUGAUCAGGUGGUGAGGCCUUGGAGACGUACGAGUCUUAUGAUGGGCGAUGUUCUGGAUGUAGCGAUAUAUCCGGAAGUCGUGCUUUUGCAAGGGGAGGACGGUUUACCGAGAACCUCUGUCUUUUUCUCAUUCACGAACGUGGUGCGGGUCAAGCGUCGUAUCGAUCUUGUCAGGGAAGGUAUGGGCCAAUAUCGCCCUCCGUUCAUCAGACGCCGCAAUGAUUACAGAAGCGACGGGAAUAUGGGACACACGGUUCACACCUCAGUAGACAACGGUGACGAGUCGCCCACUGAAGAUAUACUCAGACUUGUUCGCGAUGGGAACAUAAUGGCCAGAUCCCCCGACGGGGACGACGAAGGCUCAAUGGAAGAAUCAGACGACGGAUCCUCCAUUGACAGCGUGGAUGUCUCCAGCGAAAGCUCCACCGACGUAUCAGAUGGCUCUGGCGAUUCUUCCACAGACGACACACAUAGCGCUGGCAGGUCCUCCCCGUCUGCACAAGACGAGGGAUCGGGUGACAGUGUGGGCUCUGAUGGAUCGGAUGACGCUAUGAGUGUGGGGGACUACGAAGACGAUGGGUGGAUAGUCCAGGACGAUGACGUUGGGAGCAGUGGUGACGACGAGGGCGAUGAGUCUGAUGAAGGCGAGGGAGAUGACGAGUUCGCGCUACCUCUGAUCGGAGGGACGGGCGCGUCCGUAACUACUCGAGCACUUUCUGCCUUUUCUCCGCCUUCACGCUUGCACCAUACGUUUCAUUCCCCCGCCCGGAAAGACCUCAUCACUACAAACCAACUCCGGUCAUUAAAUGGCUACUUUGCCCUACAACCCGUCGCUCCCCUCGCGUACUUCUCACAAAAGUUCGAAGAACUACUGGCGCGAUACAUUGUCGAUGUGCUCGCAUUUCGGAAUCUCCUGCGAGAGACCCAGUCGGUGAUAUGUGGUUCUGAGGCGCUCAAUUUCGCCUUGCACGGGACGGAUUUGCCGCUGCUUUCCCCCUCUGACUUGGACCUCAUGGUGUCUCCACUGCACGCCAUCACGCUCGCCUCUCAUUUGCAUACGGUCGAAGGUUAUCACGUUUUGCCAAUCGCUCGGCCCAUCGAACUCAAACGCGUCGUCGACAGUCGUCCCGGGGUCGUCAGUAUGACCCGCCUCAUCCAUCCAACCCGCGGCCAAAUCGAUAUCAUAUGCAGUUCGCGCCUUAACUCCACACACCCUCUCGUCUACUGCCCAUGCUCAUUGCUCAUGAACUUCUUGACGGCGGACGGGCUGGCUGUCUCUUAUCCGGCGUGGACUUUUCGCGGGCAGAGCGUUCACACCGAUUUACUCCCUGGCUCGUCGUCGGCACAAGACUAUCAGUCAAAGUGA